AUGAGUGCGACGCGGAUUCCUCUUGUGGAAGUCGCCAAGCACAACCAGGACGACGAUGCAUGGAUUGUGCUGAAUGGAGUGGUCUGGGAUUUCAGCGGGUUUGCUGUUGUGCAUCCGGGUGGACGUGAGGCUGUUGAAGAAUUCUUCGGCCAAGAUGGGAGUGAGAACUACAACAACGUACACAGCCCAAAUCUGGUGGAGAAAUACCUUGGCGAGGCCAAAAAGAUUGGUCUUGUCGAAGCAGGCGCGCCCAAGACAGAUACCAACACGGAUGGAUCGGAGCAGAUUGCAACACCUUCCAAGCCUGACCUUGAUUCUAUCAUCAGUAUUUACGAGUUCGAAAAGGUCGCUGAGACGGCACUGAGACCAAAGUCGUGGGCGUACCUCGACUCGUCGACAGAAGAAGGUCUCACGAAAGCGGCAAAUCAGAACUGGUACCGGCGAAUAUGGUUCAGACCGCGAGUGCUGACCGGCGUGGGCACAGUAGACCUGACAACCAAGAUCUUUGGUCGAAAAUGGGCUUCGCCCAUUCUAAACAGUCCCUUUUCGUCGGCAAUGCUUGCACACAAAGACGGCGAACUUGCAUUGGCCAGGGGCAUCAGCUCCUGCGGCAAUCCGAUGAUCAUUCCGACCAUGGCAUCGUACUCGAUCGAGGAGAUAGUGGAAGCUUUUCCACAAGGGCACCCGUUCUUCUUCCAGCUGUAUGCCCACAGCAACAAGUCUGAGUUGGAGAAGCUGCUUGACCAAGUCUGCGCAUUGCGUCCACAGGGUAUCCUGGUCACAGCAGAUCUUCCGGUCAUGUCGAAGCGCGAAGGUUAUGCAAAGUUCAUGGUACGAGAACGACAGAAAAAAGGCAACAAAAAGUUGGAGGUGGAAGCGGCGCAAAGACCGUCACAGUCUUCGGUCGAUCCGGACCUGUCAUGGAAGGACAUCGAAUGGAUCCGAAAACGUACGGGUCUGCCGGUCUUCGUGAAAGGGAUCCAGUGUGCCGCGGAUGCCCGAAAGGCGGCUGAGUGUGGUUGUGCUGGGAUAUACAUCUCGAAUCAUGGUGGACGAGCGCUCGACACAGCGAUGCCAUCAAUCCUCACUCUGCUCGAGAUCCAGGCAAUCUGCCCGGAGAUUUUGGACAAGCUCGAGGUGUUCAUCGAUGGAGGUAUCCAGAGAGGUACCGAUAUCCUCAAGGCCAUUUGUUUGGGUGCCAGCGCCGUGUGCCUGGGUAGGCCAUUCUUCUACUCCCUAGCAUAUGGUGCGGAGGGCGUCAAACACGUCAUCAAGAUUCUUGAAGCGGAAUUGGCUACUGCUAUGCAGCUUGCAGGAAUCACGAGCCUCGAUCAAGCGCACCCUGGCCUGGUCAACACUGGAGAGCUCGAGUCAUUGAUCUACCGAAGCGACGAUCAUCCGUGGGCUCGAAAACCGCAGCGUGCUAGAUUAUAGCACUUGUGACUGAUGCGCGUAGAAUUGACUCAGAUACUCGAAAACAUUCAAAAGCAAAACAAUAGAAUAGACCAUCAUCGCGUCCAUUUCAACAUUAUAAGCCUCACUAGCCUAAAAGAUAAAUUGAAACAACACAUGCUUGGCACCAGAAAAUAUCUAUUGACUGGCCAUAAAAUUUGCG